AUGGAUAACAUUAUAGUAGAGAGUACUACUACUUUGGGUUAUAUAUAUAUAAUAAUGCUUUUCCUAUCAUUGAAACAUGAAAUAGUAGCAGCAGGAGAUAACAACAGUGCCAUUGAUGACCUUGUUACUAACUUGCCUGGCCAGCCUCUUGUAGAUUUCAAGCACUAUGCUGGUUAUGUCACUGUUAAUGAUGACACCAAUAAUGGAGGAAGAGCACUCUUCUAUUGGUUUUUUGAAGCCAUCACCAACCCUCAAGAUAAACCAUUGGUGCUGUGGCUCAAUGGAGGUCCUGGGUGCUCUUCUGUGGGAUAUGGAGCAACACAAGAGAUUGGUCCAUUUUUAGUGGACACAGAUGGCAAGGGCCUUAAAUUUAAUAACUACUCUUGGAACAAAGAAGCCAACAUGUUAUUCCUGGAAUCUCCUGUUGGAGUAGGCUUUUCCUACUCAAAUUCAACUAUGGUCUAUGAAAAUCUGGAUGAUGAUAUCACAGCUAAUGAUGCUUACAAUUUUCUGCACAAUUGGUUUCUCAAGUUUCCAUCAUAUAGAACAAGCACAUUUUAUAUUGCAGGAGAGAGCUAUGCAGGGAAGUAUGUACCUGAGCUAGCAGAACUGAUAUAUGAUAGGAAAAAUGACCCUUCCCUUCAUAUUAAUCUCAAGGGUAUUUUGUUGGGGAAUCCUGAAACAUCUGAUCCUGAAGACUUGUUAGGGCAAGUUGAUUACGCUUGGAGCCAUGCAGUGAUAUCUGAUGAAACCUACAAAACAAUAAGAAGAAGUUGUAACUUCAGUGAUCCAUAUAAAAACAAAGAUUGUGGUGAUGGACUUGAUGAACUUUAUAAGCAAUACGACCAAAUUGAUAUUUAUAGCCUCUACACCUCUGUUUGUUUUGCCACCACAGCGCUUUCAAAUCAUCAAAUCAAGCACUCAUCUAGGAACAAGAUGCGUAGAAUGAUGGGAGGUUUUGAUCCAUGCUUGGAUAAUUAUGCCAGAGCCUUUUACAAUAGAGCAGAUGUUCAGAAAGCUCUCCAUGCCAGUGAUGGUCUCAUUCUCAAGAAUUGGACUAUUUGCAACAACGAUAUAUUCAAUAGUUGGAAUUGGAACAAAUCAAAGGCCUCUGUUAUCCCAAUAUACAGGAAGCUUAUUUCAGGAGGACUUAGGAUUUGGGUUUAUAGUGGAGACACAGAUGGAAGAGUGCCAGUGCUUUCUACAAGAUACAGCUUAAGUAUUCUGGGUUUGGGAAUCACUAAGCAAUGGAGGCCAUGGUACCAUGAGAAACAGGUUAGUGGGUGGUAUCAAGAAUACGAGGGUCUCACUUUUGCAACAUUUCGAGGAGCUGGCCAUGCUGUCCCUUCUUUCAAACCAAGCAAUUCACUUGCAUUCUUCUCUUCCUUCCUUCUUGGACAAUCUCCACCCUCUACUAGAUCUACAUGACCAACCCCUUUUUUUUAUUAUUAUGCCAAUUACUACUAUUACUAU